GUUAAAUAGUAACUAACUAUGACACCCAACCCAAUAUUCCCAGGAUCUCUCGCUCUCCAGUAUAAACAAUGGAACCUGAGUUGGAUCCCGAGCAGGUGGAGAUGAUGGAAGGAGGCUUUUCACGAACUAUGCAGAUUGAUCCUAGACGGGCUCGGUUUCCGUGCUCCGUUGUGUGGUCACCGCUUCCUGUGAUCUCGUGGUUCAUUCCUUUCAUUGGUCACAUUGGCAUUUGCAGAGAGGAUGGUGUCAUAUUGGACUUUGCAGGGCCUAAUUUUGUCUGUGUUGACAAUUUUGCUUUCGGAGCCGCCACUCGCUAUUUGCAAAUUACCAAAGAAAAGUGUUGCAUCCCUCUAGGCCAGUCUACAUGCAAAGAUGAGGCACUCUGCACCUACAUGCCGGAUGAAACUGGAGGAGAAUUGAAGACCUGGGAUGAUGCGUUACGGAAGAGCACUCAAGAAUUCCAACACCGGUCUUAUAAUCUCUUUACGUGCAACUGCCACUCAUUUGUUGCCAACAAUUUAAACAGGAUGGGAUUCCUGUCUCGCGGAUGGAAUGUGGUGAACCUAGCCAUUUUCAUUUUAUUCAAUGGACGUUGGGUCAGCACAGCAUCUAUGCUACGAACUGUCUUGCCAUUUGUGGUUGUAUUUUUUCUUGGAGUCACAUUGGGGGGCUUCACAUUCCUGAAAUUUUGGGCCUUGUUCGCUUCGGUUCUUAUUGGUUGGUUCCUUCUUGGCACUUACUGUUUCAAAGGCCUGAUUCAGUUGUAGUAUCUAUUUCUCUUACUGGUAUUCCUUCUACUUUGUAUAAAACUGUAAUACAUUUCAAGUUAGUGAAACAUAACCAUAUACCGUAUGGGCUAUGGCUUUGAUUGCCCACUUGCCCCUUCACAUUAUGUGUUUUAUGUUUGGAAAUAGGAAGGGAGCUGCUAUUUCACUGA